UGUGCGCUUCCUUGAGGCCCAAGCAGGGGAAGGCAGCUCCAGCUGGAAGUUUCGAGCAUGGCUGAGCAGCAGAGGAGCGACGUUCUGGCUUUUUAUGUGAAUGGGAAGAAGGUGACCGUGAGCGAUGCAGAUCCGGAGACCACCCUGCUCGGCUUCCUCAGACAGAGCCUGCGGCUGACGGGCAGUAAGUACGGCUGUGGAGGAGGAGGCUGUGGAGCCUGUACUGUAAUGCUGUCCAGAUACGACCCUCAGACCAAACACAUACAUCACUUCUCUGUUAAUGCCUGCCUGAUGCCCGUGUGCCAGCUGCACGGAGCCGCCGUCACCACCGUCGAAGGGAUCGGCAGCACCAAAACCAGGUUACACCCUGUGCAGGAGCGAAUAGCGAAGGCUCACGGCUCUCAGUGCGGCUUCUGUACUCCUGGGAUGGUGAUGUCCAUCUACACACUGCUGAGGAACAAACCACAGCCCACCAUGGAGGAGAUCAGAGAGACUCUGGGGGGUAACCUGUGCAGGUGUACCGGGUAUCGGCCCAUUAUCGAAGGCUAUCGGACUUUCUGUGAGAGUGAAAACUGUUGCCGGGUGAACGGCAGUGCCGGCUGCGCGGCCAAUGGAAACGGACCUUUGGAACCUGCGGAGAAUGGUCAGACGGAGACGUCUGGGAAAGAGAAGCUUCUACCUCUGGACCCCACACAGGAGCUCAUCUUCCCCCCAGAGCUGAUAAGAAUGGCCGAGUCGGAGGAGCGAGCCACUCAGACGUUUCGGGGGGAGAGGAUGACCUGGAUCUCCCCCAUCUCUCUGGAUGAGCUGCUCCAGCUGAAGAGUCAACACCCACAAGCCCCCGUCGUCAUGGGCAACACUAAUCUAGGGCUGGACAUAAAGUUUAAAGGCGUCAUCCAUCCCAUAAUCAUAUCAGGCUUUCGUGUGCGGGAGCUGUUUGAGGUCACGGAGAAGCCGGAAGGUGUGUGUAUUGGAGCGGGCUCUAGUCUGUCCACCGUGCGGAGUGUGUUGGAGAAGUGUGUGUGUUCUCUCCCUGCUGAACACACACAGACACUCGCAGCGCUGCUGGAGCAGCUGAGCCACGUCGCAGGAGAGCAGAUCCGCAACGUUGCUACUCUGGGUGGUAACAUUGCGAGCGCGUAUCCAAACUCCGAUCUGAAUCCUGUUCUAGCUGCUGGUAGAUGCUCCGUAGUGCUGCAGUCCAGAGAGGGAAAACGGGAAGUUCCUCUGGAUAAGGAUUUCUUUGUGGGCUUUGGAAAGACGGUUCUGAAACCGGACGAGAUUGUGCUGUCCGUUUUCAUCCCAGUGUCCAGAAAGGGUGAGGUCGUUCGGGCGUUCCGUCACGCUCCCCGUAAGGAGAACGCUCUGGCCACGGUGAACGCCGGCCUGCGCGUGUGGUUUGAAGAGGGUUCGAAUGUGGUGAAGGAGAUGAGUGUUUAUUACGGGGGAGUGGGACCCUGCACGGUCAGCGCAGAGAGGACCGUCCAGCAGGUCAUCGGCAGGCCGUGGAACGAGGCGACGUUGAGUGACGCGUACAGGGCUCUCGUUGAUGAGGUCACUCUAGGGGCGUCUGCUCCGGGGGGUAAAGUGAUGUUCCGCAGGUCUCUGACCCUCAGCCUGCUCUUCAGGUUCUACCUGCAUGUCCUGCAGCACCUCAAAGACACGAAUGUGUGUGAGGGGGAGAUUCCCUCAGAGCAGCUCAGUGCUGUGGAGCGCCUGCCCAACAUCAUCCAGCCCAGCUACCACGAGUUCCAGGAUGUGCCGAGUGGUCAGUCGGAGCAGGACCCCGUGGGCCGGGCGGUUCAGCACCAGGCGGCGCUGUCGCACGCCACAGGAGAGGCCGUAUACUGCGAUGAUUUUCCACGUACGCAGGGAGAGCUGUUCCUGUCUGUGGUCACCAGCGCCAGAGCGCACGCCAGAAUCACCCACAUUGACGUGAGCCGAGCUCUGAGCAUGCCCGGCGUCGUGGACGUCUUCACCGCUGAUGACAUUCCAGGCAAGAAGUUCAGGUCCUUCACCGGGAUCGACGAGGAGAUACUGGCUCAAGGCGAGGUCACCUGCGUGGGUCAGAUGGUCUGUGCGGUCGUCGCCGAUACGAAGCCGCACGCCAAGCUAGCGUCCGCAGCGGUGAAGGUCCACUAUGAGGACCUGCCGGACAGAAUCUUCACUGUAGAGGAAGCUGUGGAGAAGCGUUCGUUCUUUCUGCCUCAGAGGGAGAUUCAGAGAGGAGACGUGACCAAAGCGUUUCAGGAGGCCGAUCAUGUUUAUGAAGGAGAGAUCCGGCUGGGGGGGCAGGAGCAUUUCUACAUGGAAACGCAAAGCAUGCUGGUCAUUCCGCUUGGGGAGGAGAAGGAGAUGAAAGUUUAUGCGUCCACUCAGCACCCAACCAUGGUCCAGGAGGCUGUAGCGGAGACGUUGGGUAUUCCGUCCAGUCGCGUGUCUUGCCAUGUUAAACGCAUUGGUGGGGCGUUUGGGGGCAAAGUGACCAAAACGUCCAUUCUGGCCAGCAUCACUGCGUUGGCUGCUUGGCGGUCGGAGAGGCCUGUGCGGUGUGUGCUGGACAGAGGGGAGGACAUGCUCAUAACAGGAGCUCGCCACCCAGUUCUGGGGAAAUACAAGGUGGGCUUUAUGAGUGACGGCAGAAUCACUGCAGCUGACGUUCGUUACUACGCCAACGCAGGACACACGCCCGACGAGUCUGUGCUGGUCAUUGAGAAAAUCUUGCUCCACAUGGACAACGCCUAUAACAUCCUGAACCUUUGCAGCCAAUCGGCUGCCUGCAAGACCAACCUGCCGUCCAACACCGCGUUCCGAGGUUUCGGUGUGCCCCAGACCCUGAUGGUUAUCGAGAACAUGGUCAAUGACGUGGCCAUGGUGCUCGGCCGGCCAGCUGAAGAGAUCAGGGAGAAGAACAUGUAUAAGGAAACUUCACUCACGCACUAUAAGAUGGAGUUUGAUCCGGAGAAUCUGCUGCGCUGCUGGGAGGAGUGUAAGGAGAGGAGUGAGCUGGACCGCAGACGUCUGGACGUCGCCCGGUUUAACCAGCAGAACCGCUGGAAGAAGAGAGGAAUCGCUGUGAUCCCCAUUAAAUACGGCAUCGGCUUCGCUGAGGGAUUCCUCAACCAGGCGGCUGCACUGGUGCAUAUCUACAAAGACGGAUCAGUGCUAGUGAGUCAUGGAGGGACUGAGAUGGGUCAAGGCAUCCACACCAAGGUCCAGCAGGUGGCCAGCAGAGAGCUGGACGUUCCUCUGUCUAUGAUCCACAUUUCUGAGACCAGCACGAGCUCCGUACCCAACACCUGUCCCUCCGCUGCAUCCUUCGGCACCGACGCCAACGGCAUGGCUGUCAAGGACGCCUGUCAAACUCUGUAUAAAAGGCUGGAGCCAAUCAGGAAGCAGGACCCCAACGGCACGUGGCAAAGCUGGGUUGCUAAAGCCUUCUUGGAGAGGAUCAGUCUGUCAGCUACUGGAUUCUACAGAGGUCAUGACCUGUACAUGGACUGGGUGAAGCAGGAGGGAAGGCCGUACGCUUAUUUCACCUACGCCGCCUGCUGCAGUGAGGUGGAGCUGGACUGUCUGACCGGAGAAUACAGGACUGUAAGAACAGACCUCGUCGCCGAUAUCGGCCAGAGCAUCAACCCGUCCAUCGACAUCGGACAGAUUGAAGGUGCGUUCAUGCAGGGUCUGGGGCUCUACACUAUGGAGGAGCUGAAGUUCUCCCCGUCUGGUGUUUUGUACACCCGCGGUCCGGGUCAGUAUAAGAUCCCUGCGGUCUGCGACGUCCCACUACAGUUUAACGUGUACCUGCUGUCUGGAUCCCACAACCCGCACGCCAUCUACUCCUCAAAGGGUAUUGGUGAGCCCACUCUCUUUCUGGGCAGCUCUGUGUUCUUUGCGCUGAAGGAGGCGGUGGCAGCGGCUCGGAGCGACGCGGGACUGAGCGGCCCGUUCACUUUACACAGCCCAGCUACACCAGAACGGGCCUGCGUCGCAUGCAGCACAUGCUUUACACAGAUGAUUCCACAAGCAGAAACAGAAACAACCCAGCCGUGGGCCCUGGAGCUGCCGUGAUCCACCCAGAAAUCUGAUCACUCUGUUAUACAACCACUUUUAAAGAUGCCUUUGAAUGUGUUAUAUGAUUACAGAUGAAGAAUUUAUUCUUUAAAAUGAUCAUAAAUCCUUCCAGCAUACAAUGUAUACAUGUUAAAAUUAACUCUAACUCUCUCAUCUAAGAUUUCAACCCAAAAUUACCUGAAAAAACUGAUAAAACCAUUAAGAAUUCUGGGAAGCUCAGCCUUCUCUACUAAACUAGCACACUUGAUUUGUUGAUUUCAGUAUUAUUGUUGAAUAUGUUCUAAAAUUUUCAACACAAUGUUCUACUUUGGCCUUCACAGUGUAAUAUUUCUUUAAUUGAAAUGACUAAAUAUUAAUUUAGCCACAAUCUGUCCAUCAUUCAAGAUCUGACACGUGACUUGGUGGCUUUUUACUAGUCAGAUAUGUUCCACAAUAAAACUCACUCUUUAAGCACUUCAUUCAGACGUGUUAGUUUUAUUAAGUACAUUGUUAUGAAGGUAACUGAACAUCUACCUCAGUGCCACAGUAAUAGAUGUGUUGUGUUAUCAUAUUAAAAUAUUGCAGUAUGA